GCUGAGAUCGAUAUCAUUAAAUCCUACGUCACAGGAGAGGGGGAGGGGAAAAAGGUUGUCAAGGCGUGCAUGCCCAGUUCAGUCUAACGGCAGUGCGACAGCAGCUGCAGGCGGACAACUGCGGCGAGGAGACCAAGAGUUCAUUUCCUCGCUGUGCCGCAGAAGUCUGUUAAGAAGACGCGGUGGCUCCAAGCAAUGGCGGACAUAAAACUUUUUACAAAAGAAAAGAAAGUAAAAGAAAUCGAAAUGAAUAUCAGUAAAAGAAAAGAAGUGGCGAGAAAAUCUUUGCUUUAAAAAAAACCGUGGGAUCCGGUGUCACACAACCAGCUUGGUCCCUUGUCAUCAAUUCCUUAUCCGUUAAACGUAUUUUGUCUAAUCGCGGGGAAAUAAGGACGAUUGCAAGGGUCCACUUGACGUCUGGAGCCAAGGCGAUGUAAAUCCCCCCACCACCAGCUGCUACGCGGCAGACACUCGCCAAGGAGGCCGCACGAUGCAUUAUUAUCCACCAGCUGAGAAAUCUUUCUGUGGAAGCGUGUCACGCCGGUUUCAAGACUGCACUGACAGUUGCACGGAGAUUUAUUAUUUCUGUUCCUAGAAGGCACACCCCGAACGGCACAGCAGCAAAGACGAUUGAAGUGUUAUGCGGUUAAAGUGCACAAAACCCUCGGGAUUUGAUGAAUGUAGAUGUGGCAAGUACACUGCGUUAGUAAUAUUAAGGGAAUGUACUGACACCUGCUACCUUCAAAACUAGUCUUGGACAUUCGCUUCCAAGAGCGACCUCUAUCUCUCUGUUUCAUGACUCAUAUAGACCAAUUCCACAUUGAAGACAUGAUGGCGCGGUGCUCUGUCCGCGGGACUUCGUUGCACUCCGAAAUUCCGCCGCCUCACAAUGUUAUCAAGAUAGUGUCCAGUUGCACCAGCAAGCCGGUCACUCUGGACCAAAGGGCACUAAAGGCUGACAAAAUCUCGGACAAACAAGCAACCAACAGUAACAACAAUAACAACACCAGCAACAACAGCGGAAACAAUGACAAUGAUAGCAACAGUAGCAGCAAAAGUGAUGAAUGUGAUCAAGCUUUGGAUCUGACGGAAACAGUGACUAUCCAGCAGGUGCCGGACGGCGACGGGGCCCCCAUCACGCUGGGCAGACUGUAUGGGGUCUGGACAGCUCCGUGGACAUCACUGCCAGAACAGAUUUCGCGCGCGCAGCGGUUCACGUUCGACGAUAGGGACGUUAUUCUGGUGGGAUAUGCAAAAUCAGGUACCCACUGGCUAUGGGAGAUCCUCCACAUGCUGCUGCGAAACAAGGCAGAACACUGCCAGACACCCAAAGAGCGCCUGAUGUUGAGCUUCAGCACGCAAGAGUACUUUGACAUGAUGGCCACGCCUCGAGUCUUCAAUACCCACGCCCCCUUUAUUGCUCUGCCGAUCGCGAUAAAAAGCGGCCGAAACAAAUGCAAAAUGGUAUAUAUCCUGAGAAACCCCAAAGAUCUUGCAGUGUCUUACUACCAUCAUCUGAAAGCGGCAAAAGAGUUUGAAUAUGACGGAUCAUUCCGUGGCUUUCUUCAGCUUUUUAUCGAAGGCAAAGUGCCGGGAGGCUCGUGGUUCGACUUCGUGCUGGAAUGGGAACAAACUCUCAGAAAUAACCCACACCUGCCUAUUCUUACAGUCCACUACGAAGACCUGAAGGAAGAUUUGGGAAGAGAGCUGAGGAAGAUCUCAAGUUUUCUGGAAAUAGAGCGGUCUGUGCAGCUUUACGAGGCUAUUGCCAGAGAGUGUUCUAUUAAUAGGAUGAGAGAAGUUGAUGCUGCUCUCAAAGACCAGUUUCCUGUCAAUAUAUCAAAGACGGGAAAAAAUUUCAUCUACAGAAAAGGGGUCGUUGGAGACUGGAAGAACUGGUUUUCGGUGGCUGAUAACGAGAGAUUUGACUGUAUUAUUGCUGAGAAACUGAAAAACAGUCAGCUUCGAUUUCGUUACGAGAUCAAAACCCAUCCAGAGUGCGUUCAUCCUCCGACUGGCCCAGAAGGUGAACUCGAGUAAAAACAAAACUAAAACCGAAAACAAAUGGAAGAGUUGAUGAGAAAGCAGCAGAAAGAAGUCCCACAAAUUGUGAGGAAUUGUGAUUCAGCUGUAACUACUAUACAUGUGAUAUUUCUAUUUACCCAAAGCAUUUUGACUCCACAAACAUGCGUAACUACCGGUGUCAAAACAGCUCAAAAGGUGAUACAGGAGAACAGGUCUCUCUGAGCAAAGGGAAGUAACUAUGGUUGUAACAAAAGGAAGGUACAUAAACAUUCGCGCAGUAAUUUCUAUAUUCAACAAAUGUUCUUGUUUAUCACUCUGUUUUUCCGUGCAGUCAUUUCUAUCACCAUGUCUCGCCGCUUCUCUGAAGAGGUUGAACUAAAUCCAAAAAUUGAGAGGAUAUAUGUAAAGCGGACAUGUCCUCGCAGAACAAUAUGUAAAGAAAGGAAUCUCUCUCUACACAGGAAUUACAGCCGGACAUGAACUUUUAAUGAUUUAACGAUUUCACUAUAAAAUAAUUGAAUUUUACUUGGUAUAUCGAUUGAGAGAUAUAACGCAGGACUAUGCCUGCAGAUGGUUUGUGCACGGUGGAAGAGAUCACUUUUUCAACUUAAUGCAGUUGAAAUAAGAAUAUCCAUUACAGUAUUUUGGUAUAUUUCGAUACCAACUCCUAUUCUUCAUAAAAGUAGGGAAACCAGGACAACAUAUUGGCGAGAUGCCAAAGCACGAACAUAGCGAGUGUAAGUAUGAAAAAGUAUGGACUAUGAAAAAAAUGUCACGCUCCUUAUUUUGAUAUACGUGGGUUCCCAUCCAAUCCCAACACUGCGACCAUUACCGCCACGGAUUUUCAACAUUACUGCUGAAAUUUCUCAAAGGGUCUAUCAUAUAUCAACAUCAUAUCUUUCGCUAACCAGUUAAAUCUUUUUUAUAGUAUGUAUUCGGAAUAAUUUCGCGAAACAAAUUCCAAACAGCUAGAUGCUCUUUGCCAUUGCCACUGAAAAAGGAUAUCGACGUUCUAGCCCUUCACCCCGAACAUCGACUUGAUCUGAGACAGGGACAAGCUUUUUCUGCAUAAUUAAGCAGCUCUGACAAGAAUAUAAAAAAGCAUACCAAUGAAUGUCCACGGUGGAGGGUGAUGGUGCCGCUAGAGAGCACAGGCACGCAAUUCAAACAAGAAACCAACAAAGCUCUUCAAGAACACUUAUUUGGGAGCAGACACCGAUAAACCAGAAACAAACUGUGCAACGCAAAUCGUACCAAACAUAUUUUUACUCAGUUUUCAGAUCUUUAGUUCUUAAAACGUGCUCACUGUCAAUGACGGAGGAGGUAUAUAUUCCAAGCCAGUUAACGGUCUUGCAUGAGAAGUGUGAGCAGAGAAAGAUAAGAAAUUUAGGCAGUAGCAUUUCACAGGCCACAUAUGUUCACAUUAACCGGAGUAAGUCUGCUUUUGCUUCUUCCACAUUACAUUACCAAAGCUGCUCGUGGAUCAGAUUUGAAAGUAAUGUUCUUUCCUGUGUCCUUUAGCAGGCAUGAUGACGUUAGUAGAAAGGAAUAUGCUUCGUUUUAAUACUCGAGUACAAACACACGCUUAUGUAUUCAGUAAUUCUGUGAAAUUUGUUCUCUUAAAAAAUAAGUAUCAAGAACUUUUAACGUUAUCCAUAGCGAUAAAUGAGUGCCCAUCCCUUGUGCCCGCGAUGGUAUGGGGGUGCGCGCGUGCACGAUCUGUUUAAAUGUCGUCCAUUUGUGGGUUGAAUUAGACUGAAUAUCUGAGCAGAAGGGUGUCAUAAGUCCCGCUAAUCCUUUAAAAUUUAACAGCUUUUUUCAGUAAGGAAAGGAUAUAUGAACACUCAUGCAAUCCAACCCAACCGAUACUUGCCUUCAUCAAGAUUCCCAACGCUAUUUCCUCAUUUUCAUUCAGUUCACUGACGCGCACGCGUGUGUGUGAGAGGAACACACACACACACACGAGGCAAUUUCAACGUUCUAUUUAAAUACUUUUGUCUACAAAUAUGAAAUAGAAAAAUUAACAUGUACUGGUUUUAUAAUCUGUUUAAAAAAGUAAGGAUACGUUGUAUUUUGAUAUAUCACAUAUCACAAAACUGAAGCAAUAUGUUACAUAAAAUGGGAAAAAUUAUAUUUUGUCAAUCUUG